AAUUAUUUUAUCCAAACUUUGGAAUGGAAUGGGCAUUCCGUUCCAAGACUUAAUCCUAAUUAAUUGUCAAACAUUGGAAUGGUAAUAUACAUUUCAUUCUAUUCUCAAGUUUAUUCCAUUCCCAUCUCCAUUCCAUUCCUACAUAAAUGAAUUGCUGUGUACCAACGCAGCAUAAUUGUCUGAUCUGCUGUAUUUUACCUGGUGUCUUUUUGUACAAUCUGCUGGUAGAGGAUUACGUCACAUUAUAACAAUCUUUAUUUAGUGAACGUACUCAGACCUGGCCCUCCAUGGAAUGUGCAAAUGAUGGAAUCCCUUUUCAUUGAAGAAGUAUCUACCAGGGGGGUUUAUUUCUUGCUAGUUCAUGCUGAGGGAAGAUAUUAGAGAAGACAUGUCGGUGGAUGAAGAAUUGAGUUAAUAUACAAGACAUAUAAAAUUUGAUAGAAGAGUUAAGAAGUAAGAUGCCAGGCGGAUGCAAACCAUCCUUUAGUUUGAUUAGGAGAAUGGUGAUCAUUGCAUUAAUAUCUUACUGGUCAGGUAGGCAGGUUGAACUUGUUUUUUACCCAAUGUUCCUGAUAAGCUUAGAAUUUUGUUUUGGUACAAUUUUGGAUGUUGGUUCAGGCACUAUUUUAUUCAGCAUUACUCUCUGCUCGUGAGAUGCUUACUCCAGAGGAUGCAUCAGCUGACCUUAUUAGAGCACUGAACAAUCGUCUUGUAGCAUUAUCCUUUCACAUCAGAGAGUAUUAUUGGAUUGACAUGAAAAAACUCAAUGAGAUUUAUCGUUACAAAACUGAAGAGUACUCAUAUGAUGCCGUAAACAAGUUCAACAUCUACCCAGAUCAGAUUUCUUCCUGGCUGGUGGAAUGGAUGCCUAAUAGAGGAGGCUAUCUGAUUGGGAACUUGCAACCAGCUCACAUGGAUUUCCGUUUCUUUUCCCUGGGGAACUUGUGGUCAGUGGUGAGUAGUCUUGCCACAGUGGAUCAGUCACAUGCUAUAUUGGAUCUCAUUGAAGCCAAAUGGGCAGAUCUGGUGGCUGACAUGCCCCUCAAGAUUUGUUAUCCUGCUCUUGAAGGUCAAGAGUGGCAGAUUAUAACUGGCUGUGACCCCAAAAACACCCCUUGGUCCUACCACAAUGGAGGUGCUUGGCCGACUUUACUCUGGCAGCUCACUGUUGCAUGCAUUAAGAUGAAUAGACCAGAACUUGCUGCUAGAUCUGUUGAGGUUGCAGAGAAACGCAUAUCACAGGACAAAUGGCCUGAAUAUUAUGACACGAAAAGAGCAAGGUUUAUUGGCAAACAAGCGCAAUUGUUCCAGACCUGGUCAAUUGCAGGAUACCUUGUAGCAAAACUCCUCCUUGCUGACCCAAGUGCAGCCAAGAUUCUGAUUACAGAAGAGGAUUCUGAGCUUGCAAAUGCCUUCUCUUCUGCAAUCAACGCUAACCCAAGAAGAAAACGUGGUCCAAAGAAUUCCCAAAAGACGUAUAUAGUAUGAGAUUUGCAUCAUCAAAAUUCUUAAAAAAUGAAAAUCAGUUGAUUGGCAUUGCUUGCAAUGUAUAUAGAUGUGGUUCCUAUACCAUUUUUAUGUGGGUAUAGAUGUUCCUCCAUUGGAAAAUUAUUUGCGAUUCAGCUACUGAAGUGCAUUAUUUGGUGUCGCUUUUGGUUUAAUUGUUCUCUUACUGGGCAAGCUGAAACUUUAUUAUACGCUCUGUUAUAAAGUCGAAUUCCAUUGUAAAUAUUGGGUACUAUAUGUUCUAGGAUAGCUGGUUGUAACGAAAUUAUCCGAUUCUUACAUUGACUAACCAUUCUUGGUUGCAUAUAUAUUAUAUCAGAAACAUCAUUUAUAGUGGAU